AAAUUACAAUGUCAACGCCCGCUACCGACCCGCUGCCGUCCACCGUUUCCGGUGAAUUGACGACCGCUCUUCUACCGACGGUUACCAAGAUCGAUACGCGGCUCGACGUCAAUCCAAUUUCGGUGGUUUUGGCGGUGUCAAUAGUCUGCAUUUUAUCACCAAUUACCGUCACUGGAAACUCCAUUAUCCUGGCGGCGUUCUAUAGAUACAAGAGGCUGCGUACUGCGUCCAAUUACUUGCUGGUCUCUUUAGCCGUCAGCGACUUCGGGAUCGGAGUAUUCAUGCCCUUUGGAAUGCAGCUGGAGCUCUCCGGGCUCCCAGAAAAUGGCGUCACGACGUUGUGCAUCAUCCCUUAUUGCAUCGUGAUCGCGCUGUGCAGCGUGAGCGUCCUGGUGACCGUGGCAAUCGCCGUCGACCGUCUGACCUCGCUGGCGCAACCCCUUAGGUACAAGAACAUCAUCACUCACAGCAGUAUCGAGAAAUACAUCGCCGUGUUCUGGAUCUACGCAAUCGCCGUGGGCCUCUCGCCCCUGAUCUACGCCAAGGCGAUCAGCGAGCCCCAACCCCACAGUGGGAACUGCAGGUUCGGUGCAGCGGUGCUUCCCCCGGUGAGGGUGUUCCUGGUAGGUGCCGUAUGGGCACCCAGCGCCCUCGUGCUCCUCGGUUGCUACAUGUACGUGUACCUGGUGGCUCGUGCACACGCACGUGCGAUUUAUACGGUGGAGCUGUCGUUCAGGCAUCAAACGCAGACCCUGGCGCUGCCGCGUUACGGUCAAACACUGGCAGUCACGGUCGGAGCUUUCCUCAUCCUCUGGCUUCCCUUUCAAACGUGUAUGCUGCUGGACAUCUUCUGUGGGACCACGAUAUUGUCCGAAUGGACCGUGGUGUGGUUGGGUCUGCCCAUAAUGGCGCACAGCGGCGUAAAUCCGUGGAUCUACGCGUUCCAUCACGGCGAGAUGAGGGUAGCCGCGGGAAAAAUCACGGAGAAGCUGGUCGCGUUGUUCGGUGUGACGCCCAGUCGAUACGGUUGCUCGCCGAUGAGACGUGGCUCGAACACGAACUUGGAAUUAGCGGAGGUAAACAACAGCAACGACGGCAGGAGGCAUCCCGUGGAGGAUUGUUUCGCGGCGAAGCAGAACAGCACGCUCUACGCCAGCAAACGGUGCCUGAACGCGUCCGGAAGGCACACGGACAUCUCCCCGGAGAAGAACGUCGAUCGAGCGUCCUCCGAGAGCAAGCAGUCCGACAUCGUUGACGAGGACAUCCACGACUUGACGAAGAUGCUGGAUUUGAAAUACAUAAUCGACAGGAACCACAUGAUCGACUCGAACCACAACAUCGACAAGAUCAAGAACCUCAAGUAUCUGCUGGACCCUACGUUCAACAAGAUCCGGCACCUCAGACGGCUGAAUCACAAGAGGCUCACCAGCAAGAACUUCUCCAAGGCGUCGGAGCCGAAGUUCACCUCGUACCAGAACCUGAAGAGCGACGUGACGUUGAAUCGAAAGGCUCUGCAAAUGAACACCAUGUCCGAUCCUGUUCUGAGCGCCGACAGUCCCGCGGUCCACACCAAGGACUUCAACGACGCUCUGAGUUCCGUCCACGCGAAGAGGAGGAACUCGAACCUCUGCUCCAUGUCGGAUCCGAACAUCAAAGCGGCGACCGGUCGCUCCGAAGUGAAUCUCCGGCUACCCGUGAGCGGGAACGUGAUCGAGACUCACCGAUACUCGGUGCAGAACUUGGAUCACAACAGAUACGACGGCGGUCUGGCCAAGCACGUGAUGCUGUCCAGGCAGCUGGAGAACCAGAGACGGUUUCAUCUCUAUCCGCGGCCGCGAGUGAAGAUCAACAACCUCGAUAAAACGAGUCCCACCCUGAAUCUGAGGCUUCGAAAUAGUUACACGUCGCCCUCCACGCCGGACAGCGCGAGGUCCAGUCUGCUCAGCAGCCAGAAAACGUCCCCCAAACACAUGAUGAUCACUCCAAACCAGUUGGCCAACCUCGUUCGAUUGGAUAAUGUGACAUCGAGGAACAUGGAGCCCAGACUAGACACAGCGUCCAGGCUGCUGCAGGCCAGAAGGAACAUCGAGAUACUGAAACAUUCCGAGUCGAUCAACACCAUAGAACCUAUGACUCACGCGAGGCUGCUAGAGCCUUACAGAGUCAUGGAGACUCUGACUGUCCCGACGAUACACUCGGAGCCCCCGAGUCCCAUAGAACCUCUGCCUCUGGCGUCCCUCGAGGAGGAAAACACGAAAAAUUCCGAGCCUCUGAAGCUUUUCGAAAAUACCAACUACCCAAAGUCUCCGCUGAACAACAGGAGAAGUCCCGACAGACACUCGGACCCUGUGAUACCAUCCGUCUUGCUGAACAUCGAGGACUUCAGCGAGGAUCCCGGGAACACGGAGAAAUCCAGUCAAGACGGUUCGUCGAGCAAUCUACCGUCGUCGAGCCUGGGGCCGUCGAUGGAGCCCAUAGAUCUGUUCGAGGCUCUGAUCAAGAACUCCGAGAGGUUCAGGGAGGGCAGACUGCCGGAGCCAAUCUUCGCUGAACAUGACUCCACGAGAUUCAGCUCGCGGAGGCCGUCGGACUCGAAAUGGUCGGAGUCCUCGAGGAGCCAGGAGAUCCUGUCCAACGUGGGUGAGCAUCAGACGUUCCCCUCGUCGUACUCGGUGAACAAUUUCCAAGUGUGCAACAGCGGCAGCGACCUGAACGACCUGACGUCUCUGGAUCCCUUCGUUUGUCCGGACGCGUUGACGUCGUCGUUGCGCGAGUCCUUCUUCAGCGCGCCGUCCGUGCCCGACUCGGAGAUCUUCACGUCGUUCGAGGAGAACGACGAGUCGAACCUGACCUCCGAAUCGGAACGGGAGUUGUCCCCGUGCAACUUCGCGUCUACGAUCAGUCGAAAGAGAUCGAUGAACGAGGCGGACUUUCAGAGCAAGUCCACGGACUCGGUGUUCAGGAACAGGUGCCUGUCGACGAGGUCCUGCACGAUCCUGCGGCUGGAACCGUCCCUGCAUCGUGGCAGGCUGAGAGUCAGGCCCGGCACGGAUUAUAUCCUGAAGAACUCGUCCGGUAAGAGGAACCAACGCCUGGCGCCUCUCGCCACCCCGACGCCCACGGACAUUUGCACCCCCACGUUCGAGUUCGUUUCGGAGAUCAAGGGCGACAGCGGCGUUGGCGUUAGGGUAUAG